AUGCUGGACGGAUUCCGAAUCCGAAUCCCUCUAGGGUUUAUUCCAGCAUCCUUAUUUAGGGAAGGCAAGGAGAAAGUAGGGAUGGCUGACUCGCCGCGGCGGCCCGUUCGAGUAUACAUGGACGGAUGCUUCGACAUGAUGCAUUACGGCCACGCCAACGCGCUUCGACAGGCGAAGGCGCUAGGCGACGAGCUGGUGGUCGGUGUAGUUUCAGACGAGGAAAUUCUCUUGAAUAAGGGCCCUCCCGUCGUGUCGCUUGAAGACAGAGUGCGCAUGGUGCGCGAGGUGAAGUGGGUGGACGAGGUGAUAGUGGGCACGCCGUACUGCAUAACGCCCGCCUUCAUGCACCGCCUCUUCACGCACCACCGCGUCGACUUCAUCAUUCACGGCGACGACCCCUGCCUGCUCCCCGACGGCUCCGACGCGUACGCGGAAGCCAAGCAGGCGGGCCGGUACCUGGAAGUACGCCGCACGGAGGGGAUCUCCAGCACGGAUAUUGUCGGCCGCAUGCUGCUCUGCGUGGGCAGCCGCACGGCUGUAACGGAGGCGCAGCAGCAGCAGUCGCUGGAGCGCGAGUUUGCACACACGGGCUCGCCCUCGCCCUCGCCCUCGCCCUCAGAGCGUUGUAACCGCUCUGGAUCUCCCCGUGUUGGAUCGCCGUCGCUUCCGCCUCGGCCUUCCUCUCCGCUCCCACCCCCCGCCAUUCUCUCCGCCUCCCCUGUUCUAUGCUCGCCCCUGCGACCGUCUCUCCUUCCGACCUCCUCCCCUUCCCAUGCGCCGUCUACUGAAGCCGUGUCAUCACCUGCGCAUGCCUCUGCCGCUCCCCCCCUCCACCGCGACUCUCCCCCAUCCUCCCCAGCCCACCUGUCCAGCUCCCCCGCACCCCUCCCCGCGCACUCCCCUCUUUCUCUAGCGCCCGCGCUACCCUCCUCCCCUUGCUGCGCAUCCCUCCCCUCCUCCGCCUCGUCCGGCUCUCUCUGGCCCGCCUCCCCCUCCUCUUCCGCCGCCUCAUCCCCCCUGCUCCCCCCGUCUCUCGCGCCCCUCGCCUCCGCGCGCGUGUCGCGCUUCCUCCCCGCCACCUCCACCGUCCUCGAGCUCCACAGCCAGCAGCCGCGCAGCAUAGACCCAUCCGCGCGCGUGGUGUACAUUGAUGGGGCCUUCGACGUCUUCCACAGCGGCCACGUGCAGACGCUACGAGCAGCCAAGGAGAUGGGAACGUUCCUGCUGGUGGGCGUGCACAGCGACGCGACUGUGCGGGCGAACAGAGGCCAGCACCACCCCAUCAUGGGCAUGCACGAGCGCUGCCUCUCCCUGCUCGCCUGCCGUAGCGUUGAUGAGGUCGUGCUGGACGCCCCCUGGGUCGUCUCGGACCAACUGAUAGCAGCGUACAACAUCUCCCUCGUCGUGCACGGCACUGUUGCCGAGUCCAACCCCCUCUGCCAGGACGAGGAGCAACGAUACGCGGCAGCGAGGGCGAGGGGCAUGGUGAGGCAGUGGUGUAGUGAGGUGCGAGCAGCCUUAGCAGUGGAGGUAGCUGUGUAA